AUGUCGGCACAAGCAGCAAUCAAGGCGCCUUUCCGCCUGGGAAUGAAGGAGGUCUACCUGCCCAAUUUCACAGUGGCCCUCGUCCGGACACCGCGCAUGCCUCCCAACUUCGCCAAAUUCAUUGUGCCCCUCAACAUGAACAAGCUCGACCUUCGCGACUACCUCUUCCAUGCCUACGAUGUCCGCGUCGUCAGCGUCCGCUCCUACAUUGAACAACAAAAAGUCACCCAGGGCAAGCCCAACGCUCCCAAGAUGCAGAUCAAGCGCUGGUUCCGCCCGCGUGCCAUCAAGAAGAUGACGGUCGAACUUGAGCAGCCAUUUGUGUUCCCCGAGCUGCCGACCAAGGAGGAGUUGAACGCCAACUGGAACAAGGAGACAUUCGACCAGGGCCAGAAGGACAACGACAAGUACGCCGAGCAAAGAGGCAGAUUGGCAGAUACCUUUGUGGACAGAGACGAGAGAAAGAGCAUGAGAGAACAGGCGCAGGCAUUGCUGGAGAGAAAGGAACAGUGGAAGCCUGCCGAGACAUUGGGCUUUGCAGUAAGGAAGUAA